GAUUGUUAUGGCAGUUAUGCUUUUAUUGUGGUGCCAUUUUCUUAACUGUAAUAAGUUAUCGUUAACAUCACGACAGUUGCCGUACAACAGACAAACGUUUUCAAACCACACAUUAUUUACAAGUCCUUUGGGUGCACAUGUCAAUUAAGUAAUUGAGCUGAAGUGAGUGAGAGAGUCAGAGGGAGAGGAGGGCGCUGAGCCUGACACUGGGCUCCAGACAGACUUACUGGCUGCAGAUGAAGUUUUCAGUCACACUGCACCGUGGGACCUUGUAGGGAAUUCAUAUUAACCAUCCAGACUCUCUAUCUCCUCACUGACAUGUUGCGAUGUUCCGUGCAGCCUUACAAAACGUGGACUUGCUUUGGGUGAUUUUGUUUCAUUUGGUUUUUCUGCCGGAGACUGGCUGUAGAUCAGCCGAUGCAGACAGCUGUCAUGAGGUGAAGACAGCCUACAUGAUGCGCCAAAUAGGCCCGGUGGAGCUCGUGCCAGACAGGCCGGGAACAGAUGAGUCUCUGCGAGUGUGUGUCCACCCAGGGCCCAGCUGCUGCACCAGCAAAAUGGAGGACACCUACAUGGCAGCUGUUCGCAGCGAGACACAGCAGAAGAUGCGAUCGUACAGCUUUGAGCUCAAGUACCUGAUCGCUGGACACUCCAAGGCCUACCAAGAGACCUUUGAGUCGCUCGUGUCCUUCACAUCUAACUUGACCAGCACUCUGUUCGACAGCGCUUACUCCGCUUUGACGUCUGACUGUCGCCCCCUCGUGUUUCAGCUGUUCAGUGACAUCAGACAACACCUGUCUGGAGACAUUAAUUCUUCAUUGGACAACACUGUGCGUCAGUUCUAUAACGAUCUCUUCCCAUUAGUCUACCGCCGCCUGCUCAACCCUGGGAUCGGCCACAUGUUGCCCAAGUCCUCCGCUUCCACCAAUCACAACGACUGCCUGCGAAUGACGCGGCAGGAUGUAAGCCCAUUUGGACCCCACCCUCGCCUCCUGGUCAGCAGCUUGUCCCGUGCGCUCGGGGUGGGCCGAGCACUGAGCCGACUGCUGAGAUUGGCUGGAGAGGUUGUGAAUGCGACCGAGAAGGCGACGUUAUCCAGAGAAUGUGGGCGAGGCUUAGUGAGGAUGCAGUACUGCUCCCACUGCAGAGGGAUGACACUGAUACGGCCCUGUACAGGACUGUGUGUCAACAUUAUGAGAGGAUGUUUGGUGGGUGUAUCAGAGCUUGGCGCCCCCUGGGGGAGUUUGGUGGUGUUGCUCCAACGGUUAGCUGCGACCUUAGCAACCAGCAGCAACCACAACAGCAUGGAGUUAGCUCUGUUAGCAGUCCGAAAUCAUGUGAAUGAUGCUAUACUGCACGCUCAGCUGCACGGGCCACGCAUCACAGCCACAGUAGAGAAGGUGUGUGGACCCCAGGCAGCUGCUCCCAUGGUGCCAAGUGCAAAUCCCACUACCUCGCAUAUCACAGCCUCUGUGAGCCCUGCUACAUCAGUAACCUCAGAGAGGUCAAACGUGACAUCGCCUCCCUCGGUGGGUCCGGCUGCUCAUCAGCAUCUCCAGCCGCAAUCCCGGAGGUCAUUCCUUCUUAAAGGCUCCAGAGGAGACAAGAGUCGCAGCCUGAAGAAACUGUCCAGGGAGUUUGAGGGCUCAAUCCAGCGGUACCAGUGGUUUUUCUCAGAGCUCCCAGAGAUGCUCUGUGAAAGUGAGAUGGAGGUCGAGCAGCAUACGUGCUGGAGUGGCCAAGACGUCGUAGAGAGUUAUGCAGGUCGUGUGGUUGGCAGCAGUUUAAAAGGCCAGAAGGAGAACCCAGAGAUGACCGUCCGUAAUGCAGAUCCUGUCCUGAAGGGGGCGAAACAGAGGCUGGAGCAGCUAACACAGGAGCUGUUAAUGGACCUCGGCUGGGCCAGCAAAACCAGAGGAAAGGUGGAGGAAGAGGAGGGGGGGAGCGCACAGACAGAGAGGGGCAGCGGAGAUGACUGUGAUGAUGAAGAUGGCUGCGAAGCAUCUGGUGUGGAGAGCGGCGAUGAGACAGGUGAUAUAUCCAGCGGCCGUAGUCCAGCAACAAAGGACAUGGCUCCUCCUCCGCCUCGUCGUCCUGUACCUCCUCAUCACCUCUCACCUCCACAGGUUGCCGUUCGAGGCUCGGCCCACGCGUUGUCUGUUGAACCUUUGACACUGGCGGCCCUCCUGCUCCUACUGCUGUCACCAUGGGAACACCGCUGAUCACCGAGAGACGGGCUGACGGAGACAAAAAGACUGAGAGACAACCACACCUGUUUUGUGGUGUGGUUGAGUAUUUGGAGUUUCUGUAAGCACAGGUCAACCACUCUGAUUGUUUCUGUUUUGGGUGGGACGAGCUGUCGGUUCAUCACCGCUGCAGGUGCACAGUAUGCAUUUUUAUGUUACCUGUACUGACCUCUACGUGUGUUUGUUUAUGUGUAUUUAACUCUGAUAGGAUAGAUUGCACAACACUACUGACCUUUUUUUGAAGAGAGAUGUAAAUACAAAUAUAUAUAUAUUAUAUAUUUAUAUAAAGAAUUUCUAUAGAUAACAAUGGCUUGAUGUGUAAAUAGAGAUUAAUAUAGAGCAGAGCACAUUGACUUGGACGUGAAGGGAUGUUUUGUUUGAUUUGACCUUUACAUUAUGUAUCCCCCACGGAGAUUACGAUCCAUUGCAGCUAUAGUUCAAGUUGAAAGCAUUCACAGUAGCAGCAGGGUGCCCAAAGCGAAUGCAUGUUGAAGAGAACUCAGCACUCGAUAGGCAAAACAACUAAUUAUGUGAUACUUCAGACUAUUACAGAUGGCCAUGCAGCAUAAUGAAGAAUUUGAUGGUUUGGCCUGUUAGCCUGCGCAGACUGAAGCCCAUCCGGCACUUUCCUUUUUCACACAAACAUGCUCUUUUGUUCAUGCAAGCUGGGUGAAUUUUUUAUUUUUUAUUUUAUUUUUUUUAUUUCUGCAGCGAGUAUGCUGACAGUUUAAGUGUGUAACACUUGCUCACAUAUAAUUCCUUUGAAAAUGACUCUUUUUUUAAAAGCAGAGAUCUCCCAAGAAACUGUGUCCUGUGGUAGCUGUCAUUUCCACGUAUAUUAUACCUUUUAUAGAGUCGUAGCUGUGGGGAAAAUGAGUUAAGACUGUUUUUCUUCUCAAGCUGUACAGUGUUCCGAGUUGUAAAAGCACUACAGGGAGGGAUGUAACAGCUUCCAUUUCAACUUCAAUUUUACUUGUAAGCUGCCACAGACAUCCUCGACACAAGGCUCAGUUAAAAAUAAGAACAUCCUAAACAAUAAAAAGCACCUUACAAAAGAGAAGACUAAAUAUGGCCUGCAUGUACGAGCAGGAAGACAAAACCGUCUGCCUGAACAAUGAAUAAUCAGACAUCCCCUUGUCAUAUGCAAACACUGAACUGUCACAGUGUUUUCAAAUGCUGGCUUGUCCCCAGAUGUAUUCAUUAAAAUUACAAUAAUGAUAUUAUAUUGAAUACAACAAACAAAAUGCUAUAUAUCAGGGACUUUUCUGAUGCAUGUGUUAUCAGCCUGUCUCUGUAUCCAGAGGAGACAAGAGAGUGAUCAGAGUACAGCUGCGCCCAGAUCCAAACAUGUGAAUUAAAUUUAAUUCAUGUUAAUUAGGACCAUCAAGUCUCUCUCUCAAUCCCCCAAACUGCACACAACAGCAGGACAGACAACUGGAAUACUCAUUAAUACAUUCAAAUGGAGCUAAUGAUCCAGCUGAAGGACACUGUGUGCAUUUGUGUCAGUUUAUGACCGACUUUCUUCUCAUCAUUUUGUCCCAUAUAGCCUUUUGAAAUUAGCAGAAUUCCCAUAUAAGUGUGUCUGCUGGCAUCACCUGAGACGUUUAUUCAUGAAGGACUGUGACUGACAGCUGAGACACCUUAAGAAAUACCAUUAAGAGCCUAUGUAUGUGAGUUAUCUGGGCAGCGAGCCCAAAUACCGUGUUAGCUAGCAGGAUGCUUUUACAGCAUAAUCUGUCAAACAAGUGUUAUUAUUUGAUUAGAGUUUAAACGUUAUACCCAAAUGAGAUAAGAUUUUGGAUUGGAGCCAACUCCUCCAUCUUUCACAGCUCUUGCUAGGCGACCUACAUGAACAAAACACCAACACACACCAAUGCACACACAGGUAAGUGGAUAUAUAAAAUGGAUGGAUACACACUGAUUGUUUCUCAACACGGAAUGAGACGAGGAUGGGCUAUUGACAGCAAUUUCGGAGCUUUGGAAAAAGAAAUAGUUUUCCUAUAAACCUAACAUUUUUUGGGGUAAUAAUUAAAAUGAUAUUGUCUGGAAAAUGAAGGUAAGGCAUCACUCUGUGGAUGCUCACCUUCAUGUGAGAGCUACAAACUGCUGUCUUUGGAUCGCAACUUUAAUGAUGAAAAAUCUUUGCAGUGAAGUGUGAAUUUUGUUAGUGCAUAUGUGUAUAUGAGACCAAGUGACGUUUUUCAUAUCAAACGUAGAAGCUGUUUUGUUGCUCCUCUAGUGCUGUGUUGUCUCAGCAUGUGUGUUGAGACACACUGGUGUGCCAUGGAGGGAGCUGUGCUGUGUGUCGUUGUCAAAAAAAAUCAUUAAAUGUACUUUAUCAAGGUUUAACAGCUCUUUUUUUUUUUUUUUAUUAGAAAUUCUAAUGUUGUAGCAGUAUGCAGGAACACACACAGUAGCCAACAUCAACCAGUUAGUGACAGUAGUUUGGUUUCUCUCCCCACUCUUUAAAAACCACUGUGCUAAUUUAAUGAACUAAACCAGUGACUCUCAUGUGAAACUUAAAUAAGCCUACUGUAAGACAGUGUGUCCAUUGUGUAACC